AUGGAUAAAAAAAAAAUAAAACCAAGUACCAGUAGCUCAUCAUCAGCAUCCGCUACAAAUAAGUCACAAAACUCAUCCACAGGAGCAGCAUCAAAAAGUACGAGUAAAAAUGCCGUAGUGCCCCAACCUGUUCGCCGAGUUAUACAAAAUUUCCUCCUGGUUUGGCUAGAUGCCAAUAUUGAUGCAUCUAACGACGAUUUCAAAACGUCAAUACAACAUUUACAGCAUAUUGUAGCAUCAAUAACAACAUUCACAAAUGCGCAAGAAUGUGUCAAAUUUCUCAAUGAUAUUAAAAAUGAAAAGAUAUUCAUGAUUGUAUCUGGUACAUUAGGGCAGCAAAUUGUACCCAAAGUUGAAUCAUGGCCACAAAUUGAUUCCAUUUAUGUUUUUUGUGGAAAUAAAUCUGUUCAUGAACAAUGGGCAAAGAAAAUACUGAAAAUUAAAGGCGUACACACCAAAAUUGAACAUAUUUGUGAAGUACUCAAGAUCGAUCGAAAUCGAUGCGAUCAAGCCAUGAUUUCGGUCAGCUUCAAUGGUCUCGACCCGCUAUUUAUGUAUACACAAUUAUUAAAAGAAACACUCUUAGAAAUUGAAGACGACGAUGCAAAAUCAAUUAAAGACCUCGUCGACUAUUGUCGUCUUCAUGAAGAUAUACCGAAAGACGAAAUAAAAAAAUUCCAGAGUGAAUAUCGUGAUCAUACACCAAUCUGGUGGUAUACAGCUGAAACUUUUAUUUAUCCCAUGCUGAAUCGCGGACUUCGAAUAAUGGAUAUCGAUAUUAUACUAAAGAUGGGUUUUUUCAUUCGGCAUUUGCACAAUCAUAUUGCUGAAUUACAUCGAGAACAACAAAGUAACAAAUUGGCAAUGCCAUCGAACUUUCAAGUUUUUCGAGGACAAGCUGUCGAAGCGAGAAUGAUACGAACUCAGACUGGUGAUCUUGCUGGCUUGACAUCGAACGGAGUCGACAUUUAUUUAAGCAUUCGUUAUGGACAAGUUGUUAGAUGUUGGUCACCAGCCUCAUUAUCACGCUUCUGGAUCGGUGUAGUUAAUGCUACAGUGUUUGGACCAGUUUGCCAUCCGUAUGGUCCUCAUGGUCAACCGGAAAUAGGUGAGGAAAAUGAGGAUUGUUUGUUUCUAAAUAUUUGGGUUCCUUAA